AUGAAGACUUCCCUACGUCGUCGUAAAACACUUUUAGCUUUCGGUUGCAAAGACGACGGAGACGAUUCUCCACCGUUUCUUGUCCCUGAAGAAGAUGAAGAUAAAGAAGAAGAGAUCUGCUAUAUCGGCAACUGCGACGCUUCCCGUAUCUCACUUACAUGCGACGGUUUGAUCUGCAUCCCAGGGUCGGAUUCGAUCCAAGUUUGUAACCCGGCGACUCGAGUGUCCCGGCGGUUCCCUACCGGAGAAUGUCUCGUCUCAACUAGGAUCUUACUUCAUGGAGUAACCGGGCGUAUCCCCGCUACAUCUCUUUUGCACCGUCAAAGAUAUUUAGAUCAUGAACACGUGCCUAAGUUUCCGACGACAAGAAGCUCGUUUGGAUUCGGUAAAGAUGAAGUUACGGGUGAGUAUAAGGUCGUUGAGCUACGUGGUCAUCCUCGUGCCUCGCUCAUCGUUGGGAAUGCAAUGUUCUUGAUCUUCAAACCAGGCGGUGGAGACACGUCAACAUCGUUCCUUAUAGGGUUUUUGUCAAGGAAAGAUCCGUUUAUGUCAAUGGUUCCGUCCACUGAGUUUAGAGUCGUCUCCCACCCUAACCCGAUCUAUACUUCAGACGAUGGCGGCACUCCUUAUUUCUCUGAGCUUAUCGUCCUUCGAGACCGCCUCUCUGUAUCUGAGAUGAGGAUCACUAAUGUUCCUCAUCCCCGACUCGAUAUUUGGAGCAUGGUCGAUGCAGUAAAAGAAGGAUGGGUUAAGAUGCAUUCAUUCUGUUUAUGCCAACUUUACAAAUCACGAUCAAGUGAGAUUCGCUUAUUCACGCCCUUGGCAAUCCUUGACGACCAAGGAGAUGGAGGAGUGCUGAUCGUUUGGGAUUAUCAAGAGUCUUUGUUCAUGUCUUACCCUAAAAAUUUCCUCCUUAACAAGGUUUCUGCAUACGCUCGUGUUGUUGCUUCAUCUUACUUCCAAACUCUUGUUCCGGUUCCCUAA